AAGACUAGACCAAGAAAAAGAUGGAUCAAGAGGCUUUUUUGCGUGAGAGGAUUGAAAAAGCACAAGCGCAAUUGCAAAAGCUGCGUGAUGAAAAUCGAGUUUUGAGGGCUCGACAAAUUAUGUGGGGUUGUAUCGAAGGAACUAUUGAUGUGUGUCAACUCGGUGAAAAGGAUCUUCAAGAUUUGAGUUCUGUUAUUGAUGACUAUCUCGAUAGCCUUAAAAGCAGGAUUGAGUACCUUAAGAAGAAUGGUGAGCCUUCUUCUUCUUUACCUCCUCGUGUUCUUCAAGAUCUUAAUGUUAAAGAGGAUGGGGACAUUCCUUCCAUGGAUGGCAGCCACCACCAGUUUGAAACUAAUCGUCUCACUACCAUCACUACCACCGCUGAUGCUUGUGCGCCUAACAUCACAAAUAAUCCUUAG